AUGAAGUUACUUUCAUAAUUACAAAAAACAAAUUAGCAAUGAACGUCAAUAACAAACAUUUUUCGGCAAAUUUAAAAUGCAAUUCAUCGAUAAUAAAAUGUAACCAAGUAAUGAAUAUUGGUGAAGGUUUUGAAGGUUAUAUUGAAAAGCUAUACGUAAAUUUUAUACCUUUUGCACUGUCAAUAAUUAAACAGCGUUGGGAUAUGUUCUUGCCGUAUUCUGCUUUAAACGUAGUUCACGAACAGAAUGAAGAAGUUAUAUACACUGAUUUAACUCAAACAUUUAAAAUACCCUGUCCUCUUAAUUCAAAUCUUUGGAAUGAAAGAUUAUUUUGUGACUACUAAAAGAUAUACAUCUCAAAUAUCAAUAUUAUCAAACUUUAAUGAACAAGACCAGUUUUUUUUAUAUGUAUCACCCACAAUACAGGAAAUUUUUUGUGCUUAUGGUGUUAUAAGUUCAGAUCAAGAUA